AUGCAGGUAAUUACGAAGAAGUACAAAAAGCUGGCCUUGGCCUUCCAUCCGGACAAGAAUAAGGAACCUGGUGCAGAAGCAAAGUUCAAGGUUUUUUUUUUCACAGAGACUAUUAUAUUAUUAAAUGUGAUUUUAAGGAAAUUUCGGAAGCCUAUCGUGUUCUAUCUCAACAGGAGAACAAAUCUCCAAGCUCCGAUGAGAAGAAAGAUGCGGUUAAGAGUUUGAAAGUAUGACUAAGUUCCUCCUUUUCUUUUAGAACAGUCGAACGACCGAGGAUCCUUUCGAACAGUAUUUCGGCAAAGAUUUCUUCAAAUCUUACAGGAGAGGGUGGGUAUUUUUUGUUAAGAAAUUUUUUUUUGAUGAUGUAAAUUUCAGACAAAGCCACCCAUUCUCAUCGAAUUUCUCGAGCGGUAAGUGGUCGUUUUUCAAAGAUUCAUUAAACUAUUGUCUCUACCUUGGGCAUUUUUUCAGGUCCCAAGAAAGAUCCGCCAGUGUUCCACAACGUUUACGUCACUCUGGAGGAGAUUUUUCGUGGGACCACGAAAAACGUGAGAAUCGAUCGGCUCGUUGUCGACAUUUUCGGCUGCCGGACCGAAUCGCCGGUUUUCACGAUGAAAAUCGAGCCAGGCUGUCCGGCCAACUUCAAGUUCACCUUUCCUGUGUCCGGCGACCGCACUCCGGGAAAUAUUCCGGCCGAUUUCAUCUUCGUCGUCAAGGUUGGAACGUUCUUGAAGGAAAUUUAUGAGUUGUUUGUUGAUUCAAUGGGUAGGUCUGAUAUUUUCUAACAAUCAUGUUAUUUUCUGCAAACUUGGAUGAAUACUGAACGCAUUUUGUGGUCAAAGUCUUAUAGGUAACAUUUUCAAAGCUCGCUAAUUUUUUCCAGAAUAACUCCUUGAAUAAAUGAAAAGUCUAACAUUUCAAGUAAAGGAAUCGCGAGUUGAAAUAAUUUCACAGAAUUUUCCAUUUUUCAGAUUUGCUGGUUUGAGUUAGUAUUAAAUAUACAAUAAAAAAAUCUCUUCGUCCUUAAAGAAAAAAUAUCUUUUAAAUGAAUUAUAACUAGAAAGAAAGAUUUAACAUUGAAUCGAUUUAAAAAAAAAGAUGUUUUCAAGCUUUUUUUUUUGAUAAAGAAGGAUGCUUCACAUAUAACCCCUUCUGAAAUAAUUUAUACUUCGUUUGACUCUAUUUUUGAUUAAAAAUAAAGUUACUUUGCUUUUUCCAAAUCAGGAAAACCGCCACCACCUUUUUACACGGAAGAAGGAGAACCUUCUUUACACAAAAGUCGUGCCGCCAUGCGAGACUGUCGUCGGAAGCGUUCUGGAUAUCCCGACCAUCGGCGGAGGCACUUAUAAGCUCGUUGUGCAAGAUGAAAUCAAGCCAAACUCUAAAAUAAAGUUUUUUUGAGCUUAUGAUUUCAGGAAUUUCGAAAGUUUCAGACUUCCCUACUUUGGUUUGCCCUUCUUCGAUACACCCACUGUUCGCGGAGAUUUAGUCGUCGACUUUGUCAUUCUCCAGCCUUUUUACCCAUGUGAGUCGAAAAUGACUUCUUUCCGAUAAUCUAAAAUAUAAAGGUGAUGACCUUUUUUUUAAAAAGUUUUUUUUUCAAUACUCAAAUCUUAAGGUAAUGUUCCUCAAAAGAUUAAUAAGAAUAAAAAUUCACACAAACCUCGUUUCUCAAUUUGAGCUUCUUCAUUUUUCCACCUUUUUUCUGGCAAAUUUUCCCGGUUCAAAAAUUAAUUUUUUGAGAACUUUUUUUAAACAGAAAGCUGAAAUAACCGUGAAAAAUUGAUUAAAGCGUGGGUUUGUUCGAAUUUUCUAUUGUUCAUCAUUGCUUUUUUUGAAUUUAGUGCUCGAACUGCUGUUCAGAAGAUUAACUUUGCAUUCCCAGACUUCGAUUCACGUCAAACAAGUCAUUUGCAAAGUGACCUCUUUAUUAAUUGUUUUAUGGUAUUUAUUCUCGCCACUUACAGACACGAGCAUCAUCACAAAGACGCUGGAGAUCACUUUGGAAGAAGUUUUGACGGGAACGACCAAAUCGGUGAAAGUCGCCAAAUUAUCGCCCUACUCCACAAAAGAAGUCACUCUGCAAGUGACUGUCAAGCCUGGAGCCACGAGCGAUGACGUCAUCUGUUUUCCGAAUGAACGCGUUAAUUUCGUUGUCAAGGUAUUUCAUUGACUUGUGGGAAGUCAGACGGGUUUUCAUUUUCAUAUCUCUAACCCUCAUUAAUUUUUAAGGCGAAUAAAAAACAUCGGGCUCUUUGCCUCGGAGAUUAAACUUGAAAAAUAUGUUUUUUUUCGUCAAUUUGAUAAUUAAACUCAUUCCAUAUCGAAAAUUAAGGAAAAAUUCAUUUUUUACUUUUUAUUUUAAACGUUAAGGAGGCAAUUAUUUCAAGAUGAAUUUUUUUAAUUAAUCAAAUUCGUGGAAACUAUUUUUUUCAACUGGCAGCAGAAAGUAACGGGACCAGCUUUUAAAAAUCAGAAAAAAGUAGAACUCUCAGUGAGAAAAAAAAACAACACGAAAUUAAAUGGGGUUCUCUCAACGGUCUCUUUUGAAGAGGAAAAAAAAUAUUAUGUUCAUGGAAAAAAUCAAGAAAACGUUAAGGUUUUGCCGCAUGCGACAUUUGUACGACAAGGGAACGAUCUGCUGUAUGUCGACCGGGGGCUUCAGAGAGAAGCUCAGAAUCGUUCGAAACUCAAUAUUCCUACCAUUGACGGAUCUUUCAUCGUGGUUGAUUCUGUUCUUUCUGGCACCAGAAGGUCUGAUCGAAAAUCAUUGAAAAAUCUAAAUAUACCGUUUGAAGAAUUAAAAACCUCGGUUUGCCGAAGAAAAGCGACCCGACGUGCCGUGGCGACCUCAUUAUCAGUUUUGAGUAUCCGAAUCGCGCAAGCCCGAAAAAAAUCGACAGAGUGAGGGAUUUUUUUGGAAAUGUUCUCCUAAAAUUUGUUUCUGUUUAGUAUUUUUCAAAACAAUGUAAUUUUUAGACAUGAGAAAGGUCUUGAAAUUUUUUUCUGACUCGGUGUCAUAGAUAUAUCUAUUUGUUAAUUUUGGUUCUUCCUGUCAGGCUUGAUCUUUUUUCUUAUAGAGCUCUUUAUAUCCUAAUCUUAAUAUAUAUUUUUUUCCUGAACCAAACAGUUUUCCUGAAAUUUUCUUGCAUUUGUCUCGUGAAAUUUUUUAAGUGAGAUUCAAAAAUGUGUUUUUCUUUCACAACAGAAGCGCUCAGGUAGAAUUUUUCUCUUGUCGCGAAAAAGAUCGAUUCCUUUCAGAAGUCGAAUUUUCGUUUCCAGGUCCAGUAA